AUGAAUCGGGUAUGUCGCGCAUUCUUAGAUCAUUUUCUGACUGUCUUCAUUGGCGAUAUUGUUAUCUAUUCAAAGUCUAAAGCUGAGCACCGUGAGAACUUAAGAGCAGUUCUUGAGGUUCUUAGGGAGAAAAAGUUAUAUGCAAAGUUCUUAAAGUGUGAAUUAUGGCUUCGAGAAGUUCAGUUUCCCGGGCAUCUCAUCUCAUCUGAAGGUAUUAAAGUUGAUCCCGCAAAGAUUGAAGCUGUCUCCAAAUGGGAACAGCCAAAGACACCCACGGAAAUCAAGAGUUUUCUUGGUUUAGCGGGUUAUUAUCGAAGGUUUAUACAAGAUUUCUCUCGUAUAGCUAAACCUAUGACUGAAUUGACAAAGAAAGGAGUGAAGUAUGUGUGGACUGAAACUAAAAAAAAGGCCUUUCAAACGCUCAAGACAAAGUUAUGUGAAGCUCCUGUCCUCGCCUUACCCAAAGGUACUGAUGAUCUUGGGUUGUGUUCUUAUGCAAAGGGACAAAGUCAUUGUUUAUGCUUCACACCAGUUGAAGCCUCAUGA